GUGUGUCUUGUUGAUCCUCAACAUCCUGCGUGUACUAGCAACAAUUUUAAUCAAUGUCACAACCAAACUUCUCAUAUCAAUAACGAUCAGACACUCAGCAACAGUCAUUCCCUCUCCAAUAUUUCAUGCAAAAACACUGCAAAUAGCACACAACCUUUCAAUUCAUUAGUUAAUGAAACGCAAAAACUAUCCCAGAGUAACUCAGAUGAAAAUUUUCAACAAUCGACUUCA